AUGGCUGUCGUAAUCAAGUUCGUACUGUGCGCUCUCUUAGCCUCGGGAGCCCUAGGUCUUCCUGGUGAGUACCUAGGUGAUCGACCUCGUAGCAGGCACAAACUGGACCUGGAGCUCUUGGGAAGAGACAGGCCGAAGAACAAACUGGACCCGGAGCAUUUGAGAAAAGCUAGCUUGAAGUACAAGCUAGGCCUGGGUUACUUGGAAAGUGAACCCUCUGCGCUUGCAGUUUUCGCGCUCACCAAGACUGAGGCAGCAUAG